UUACUGUGCAAUGUCUGGAGACAGCAUUUGGCAUCACACCUAGUGACCCGGAGGUUGCGUCACGGCUGAGGGUGUCAAAGCCACUUCUUUCUAUAUUUCAAGAAGCUACAAAGGAUGAAAAGCCAGCAGGACCAACUGCAGAACAGAAGGAGGAAGCGGAAGGGCUAAAGAAUGAAGGAAAUAACCUGAUGAAAUCAGAAAGCUUCUCCGAAGCGAUUGAAUAUUAUAACAAAGCAAUUGUAUUAGAUCCCACCAAUGCAGUCUAUUACUGUAACCGAGCUGCAGCAUAUAGCAAAACAGACCAGCAUCUAAAUGCCGUACAAGACUGCCAGAAGGCUAUAAAUAUAGAUUCAACAUAUAGUAAACCAUAUGGCAGAAUGGGGCUCGCUUAUACAGGAAUGAACAGGCAUGCAGAAGCAAAGGUCUGUUAUGCCAAAGCACUUGAGUUGGACCCUGAAAAUCAGAGUUAUCAGAAUAACAUGCGAAUAUCUGAAGAAAGGUUGAAAGACUUACCAGGGGAUGGAGCAGCUGGUGGUCUUCCCCUUGGAGGAGCCAUGAACGCUGGUGGUAUGGACUUUGGGUCCCUACUCAGCAAUCCAGCUCUAAUGAACAUGGCGACCCAAAUGAUGUCCAACCCGAUGAUGCAGAAUUUGAUGUCUGAUUUGAUGUCAGGAGCCUCGACACGGCCAGAUGGUCAGCAGGGACUUUCUACUCUCCUUCAGGCAGGGCAAGAGCUUGCCUCUCAAAUGCAACAUCAGAACCCUGAGUUAGUCGAUAUGUUGAGACAGCAGAUGACCAAUCAGCAACAACCUCCCCAACCUGAUGAACAGCCUCCACCACCACCACCUGGUCCGAACUAACUGAACUAAUGGCUAAAACCAAGUAAUUGUGCUCUCAUUUGUAAACCAUUAGAGCCAUUUUACAGGUAUGUAGUUAUUGGAUACAGUUCUUGUUACAACACUGCACACGGUGAAAUUUUGUUAAAACUAUCGCUCAAGCGUGAUGCGUUCAAUCUGGCAUGCAGGUCAAUCUUGGGCACGUAGUAACAGUGUGAUUAGAGCUCAUCAUCUAUGUGAGUGCUCAAUCUUAUUCGACGUUGGGGGAAAGUCACUAGUUCAUUAAUCCUAGGAAUCUUGAGUAAUAUGCAGGUGCUCAAACUUUAUCACACACACGGUUAGUGUGAUGUUUGUUGGUAACUGGCAAUCAUGCUCCCGACCGCAGGUCCGCAUAACUAUGCUCGCUUGAUGUUUACAUGGUGAUUCAGAUUUACAGCACGACUCAUCUGUCAAAGUAGUGCAUGGUUCGCACAGUCCUUGAAAAGUCCUUGAAUUUGAGGGGAGUCCUUGAAAAGUACUUGAAUUUAGUAAAUGU